GCAGUGCUUUCUGUUUUUCCUCGUAGGGGCCUUGGCCUCUACCGCCAAUACUUAAUCAGCCUACAAGAUCACCUAUCUCUUUCUUUGCCGGGUACAAUCAUAUCAGUAUCGCCUAAUCUCUAUUCCGGAACAAUCUUUCUCUGCUUCUCUUCGUUGUGCAUGCCGCUGUCGGCGGCUGUGCGUAGUGCGGACAGAAUUUAUUCCUAGAAGACGGCUGAGUAGUUUGCGCUUUCGGUAAAUGACGAGUACCAGCUGAUCACCAAACCUGAAACCAAGAGAACUGCCCGUGUUUCAACCCCACCGUUUGAACGGUGUGACAUUGAUUGUCACCGCUGCGACAGCGGUGAUACCGGUGUUGCGACCGCCUCAUCGGUCUUGCCGGUGCUGAUUGGUGGGUGUGCCCGUUCCGGCAGCUGCUUGUGACAAGGCACUCCCUCCGGCAGCGCGAUGUCUCUGUGGAACAGUCCUGGCGGCGGUCGCACCGCCCAGAACUACGGCAGCACGCAGCGAGGGUUCGGCGGCAUGGAAAGCCCAUCACGAGCUUCAAUCGAUACGUCUCAGCGGUACCACCAACUGUGCGACAACAUCAGCUCCAGCAUAUUUGCCAUCAACAAUGACUCUGCCACUCUCGAUCGUGCUGCAAGACAGCUGGGUACGCAGGCGGACACCGACGCCUUCAGAGAGAAGCUCCACAUGACGCAGCAAAAUGCCAACCUGACCAUCAAGAGUACCACAACGGCACUGCAAGACCUGGCAACACUGGUGGCCCAGGGAGACAAGCAACAAAAACUGCAGUCAAGCCGGCUUCGCAAUGAAUUCCAGGAAGUUGUCAAGCGUUACAGCAACCUGCAGAAGACUGUGGCCACCCGGCAGAAGUACACAAUGUAUGCGCGACCAAGUGUCCCAGCUAGACCCUCUGGUGGCGGAGGCUCACAGAGUGGCGGCUGGUUCGAUGGCCAACAACCACGUUCCGAGGAAACGACUGCGCUGCUAGACGACGCAGGUAGCCCCCAGUCACCAACGCAACAGCAGCAACAGCAGUACUUAAGGCAGGACGUGGACUAUGAGCAGGCGAUGCUGGUGGAGCGGGAGCAGCGCAUUCGGCGCAUUGAAGCGGACAUGCUGGACUGCAACCAGAUCUUCAAAGACCUGGCGAACAUAGUGCACGAACAAGGGGAUGUCAUUGACACCAUCGAGGGCAACAUUGAGAACACCCAGCAAAACACUGCACAAGCCGUGGAUCAACUACGUAGUGCGGCCAACUAUCAGAGGAAGUACCGACGAAAGACCUGCUGUCUGCUCGUUCUCGUGGUCGUGGUGGCUGCCGUAGUGGCCCUGGUCAUCUACUUCUCCAUCAAGUAGUCCCACCAGCACCAACUAUGGCCAGCCUCCACUGUUGCCUGCACUGUGCACGCACAUGCCGUUUUUCAAAUGUUACCGGUGGUAAUCGGAGCGAAACAUACGCUAUGGAUGCCUUCUCGGUGAAAAUUGCGAGGUCUAUGUUUCAUGUGUGCAUUUGUUUAAGGAAGACAGACGGAAAACCUUUGUCAUGUGCCCCCUAUAUGUGGCUCAAGUCGUCGCGGGCAUCUCGAGUUCUGUUAACCAGAGGGUGAUGUAGCAGUUAAAUGUUCACCGUUUACAGCAAAACCCAAAGACUAUAGCCAGGGAAAAGUUUCUCGCUGUUUGUUGACAUCGCCGACUACUACUAUUAACAAGAGCCACUGACAUGCCGUUUGGGAUCCUACACAUUUUGGCUCACAGAUCAUUUCAGUGACUGCAAAUGAUGUUCACACAGUCUGUGGAACGCCUACUUCUAGCAUUGGGCUGGGCUGGAACCGAAAUUCACGCCAUUGGCACUUCUGACUUCUUGAGGCCUCAAGAUAUGGAAGGUCCUUUGCUGGACUUGCCAGCACAUGUUAGCCCGAUGCUGAAGGCACACAUGCGGCAUCCAACUUUUAAUAAGCCUUGAUAAACUGGUUCUUUGAGCACUGUGCUACUGUAGGUGUAGUACUUAUUUAAUUGCCAUGACAACGGUACUGUGCUUGAUACCCUGACAUAUUGGUCCUUUAUGCCUUGAGGCUAUCGAGGACAGGCUUCCUCCUUACCUGUUCAGACUUGCGGGACCAACGUUUUGUUACGCAGUUCAGUGACGCUUCUUCACGUUAUUGGAGUGAUUGUUUUCGUUGUGCAGAGCUGCACAUUUUCCCACUCAAGUGUCACUCAAACUUGCAGCCAAUCAGGAGCCAAGUCAUUUUAACCAAUCAACUUUUCUUUAUAGGUCUACUUAGUGUUUGGAUGUGACUGACCACUACUUUCAAUGAUUGCACUGUUUCCUGGAUGCUUAAUGGGAAGAUGUGCAGGAUGCAAGUGCCAUAUUGAGCAAAUCAUGCGGGCUCAAAACUGGUUGUCACGACUCGGAAGGUUUUAGGUCACGACAAACAGCUUAUAUGAUAUAUGAUAAAAGAUGGCAGUAAAGGGAGGUAAAGGCUUGCAUGUUCUAUCCUUCUUGUUUCUUUUCCAUGCAUGGUUGCGAAUUGCACAAGUGAGAGGGAAAACCUGGACGAUGCAUAGACGCAGGUCAAAGAAAUGACAGGCAAACACAAUAUUUUCUUUGCUCCAAGUGGGGCAAUGGGCUCAUAAAGAGAGAUCAAAUAAAGAGAACUGCAAGGCAUUUAAACUGACAUUUGAAGCAUGGAGUUUAAUAGUAAUAUUGCUAGAGGGAGAUCUGCUAAGGCAGCACGGGAAAAAUGGUUGGUAUGUGUAUUUGUUUAAACAUCGUCCUUCUGGCUUCCAUUGACCAUGUUGAAGUUAAUUUGUCAUUGGACAUUCUUGGUAUAGCAAUGAUUUGCCUCACUUAGCUGUUAACUUCGAUCGUACGACUCUUUUCAAAACAUUCGUACAAUUGGAAAACAAAACCAUUUGUAUAGUAUAGUCGGACAUCAGUACCCAAGCUGAGCUUACCCCUUAAGUAGCCAAUAAGUGCUCACAAGUUUAGAAUGGGCCAUUUCAAGUUACUCUUGCUGAGAUAUUUGACAUUUUUGCUACUAGAAUACAUAUUUUAAGCCACAUAGAAACAAUGUUUUGCUUCAAUAUACUGAUACUGUUUUGGAAUCCGCAUGUUUGGCUUCCAUAAACCAGGACUCAUUGAAAUAAGGCAUGACCAAGCAAAUUUUAAAUUUGCUUUGUUAUACCCAAUAAUUUGUCAUUUGUGUUUGUUGUAGUGAGGCUCAGCUACACUCUAAGGAAAUUUUUAGGAAAGCAGUUAAUGAAACGGAACCACAAAGAGCAGUAAUAGAACCUGCAAAGCGCUUUAUUUUCUUAACUGAGCCAGAUCAUUGAAAAUGUUUGUGCUACCCAUAACUUCCCCAGUGGUCAAACAACUGCAUCUCUAGUGAAACAGCAUGAAGCUCUGUGCGGUCACCAUCACAAGAGAACCAAAGCAGCUUCAAGAAAGAAAGAAAGCAAUGUGCUAUCCAAUUUGUUAGUAGCAAACACUCCUCUAAAGUAAAUUUUUUCUGUACGGAGCAGAGUGGACACCACGCUGAGUGGUCUUUGAAGCAGAAACAUGAAACUGGCUUUUCUGCUGUUUUUCUUCUGACUGUAGUGUGUACAACAUGAAGGUAAAAAUGCUCAGUAUCAGUACUAGUUCCUCUACCAGCUGCGAUUUAAAAAAAAAACUGAUCACUGAUAUGCGGCUGUUCACUCAUUGGACUGGGUAAGCUUGUUUUCUCUGAUGCUGAACAAAACUGCAUUCAACGUGCGCUACUUUUCUAUGGCCUCCUCCAAGAAGCUUGUAGAGUCUUUGCUGUGGCUGAAUUUCACCUCCCUUCUUUUUUUUCCUUUCCUUCAUCAAGCCGCUGGCCAAGCCUUUGUUACGCAUGCCUCAAAAUCGUUUCACAACAACGGGCAUGUGGAUUUACCGUCCACCUCCUUCUUCUUAGUUUUUUUUCAAUAUAGUACAUGUAUAUUACUUGAACCUGUUGUUUUGUAUGCGUUGCAUGCUGUAUAAUAAAGGAUUGCUUGUAUGUUGUGUUUGCUACUAAA